GGCAGGAUGGCAUCUGCCCAGGACCUUUUAAUCUUGGCACUAUAUGGCUUGUUACUAGAGUUACCGACUGGAUGUCAUGCAACAGACACGAGACAGCCAAGGUUACGUCUGUCACAUAAAGAGCUCUGGGAUUUAAACAGGACGUCAGUCUUUCGCAGCCCAUUUGGAUACCUUGGUCUUCAUGUAAUGCUGCUGGAUGAGUAUCAAGAGCGACUGUUUGUGGGAGGAAGAGACCUUUUGUAUUCCCUCAGUUUGGAUCGAGUCAGCGAGAACUACAGAGAGAUCCAUUGGCCUAGUACACCUCUACAGGCAGAAGAAUGCAUAAUUAAAGGAAGAGAUGCAGAUGAGUGUGCAAAUUACAUCCGUGUCCUUCACCGAUACAACAGAACACAUCUUCUUGCUUGUGGAACAGGAGCUUUUGAUCCACAUUGUACUUUUAUUAGAGCUGGACAUCCAUCAGAGGAUCAUCUGUUUCAAUUGGAAUCGCACAAAUUUGAGAGAGGACGAGGAAGGUGCCCUUUUGACCCCAGUUCUUCCUUCACCUCCAUCUUAAUUGGUGGUGAACUUUUUACUGGUCUCUACAGCGACUACUGGGGAAGAGAUGCUGCUCUAUUUCGCACCAUGAAUCGCAUGGUCCAUCUCCGAACUGAACCUGACAGUGAGCGCCUGUUGAAAGAACCAAAAUUUGUUGGGUCUUACAUGAUUCCUGACAAUGAAGACCACGAUGAUAACAAAGUAUAUUUCUUCUUUACUGAGAAAGCAUUAGAGGCUGAGACAAGUGCUCAUGCCAUAUAUACCAGAGUGGGACGCAUAUGUGCGAAUGAUAUGGGAGGCCAGCGGAUGCUUGUGAAUAAAUGGAGCACUUUCCUCAAAACCAGGCUAGUUUGCUCUGUGCCCGGGAGAAAUGGAAUUGAUACAUAUUUUGAUGAAUUAGAGGAUGUAUUUUUGCUGCAAACUCGUGAUAACAAAAAUCCAGUUAUAUUUGGCCUCUUCAACACUACAAGCAAUAUAUUUAGAGGAUAUGCUGUCUGUGUUUACCACAUGGCCAGUGUCCGAGCAGCUUUCAAUGGACCAUAUGCACACAAAGAAGGACCAGAAUACCACUGGGCUCUGUAUGAAGGAAAAGUACCUUAUCCUAGACCUGGUUUGUGUGCCAGCAAGGUGAAUGGUGGUCUGUACACUACCACAAAAGACUACCCUGAUGAAGCUGUCCAUUUUGCUAGGAGUCAUCCACUGAUGUAUCAGCCCAUCAAGCCUGUUCAUAAGAGACCAAUACUAGUUAAAACUGAUGGAAAAUAUAAUCUUAAGCAAAUAGCAGUGGACAGAGUGGAAGCUGAAGAUGGGCAGUAUGAUGUCUUAUUCAUUGGUACAGAUAAUGGAAUUGUGCUGAAAGUUAUUACCAUAUACAACCAAGAGACAGAAUCAAUGGAAGAGGUGAUUCUUGAAGAGCUGCAAGUAUUCAAGGUGCCAGUUCCUAUUAUUUCUAUGGAAAUCUCUUCAAAAAGGCAACAGCUCUAUGUUGGAUCUGAGUCAGUAAUAGCACAAGUGAAGUUCCACCAGUGUGACAUGUAUGGUACUGCCUGCGCAGACUGCUGCCUGGCUCGAGAUCCAUAUUGUGCUUGGGAUGGUAUCUCCUGCUCCCGGUACUAUCCCACAGGAAUGCAGGCAAAGAGACGUUUCCGCAGACAAGAUGUUCGACAUGGAAAUGCAGCGCAGCAGUGCUUUGGCCAGCAGUUCAUUGGUGAAGUUAUGGAGAAGACUGAAGAGCGACUUGUUUAUGGAAUAGAAUAUAACAGCACCCUUCUGGAGUGCACCCCUCGGACCUUACAAGCAAAAGUAAUCUGGUUUGUCCAGAGAGCACAUGAAACUAAGAAAGAAGAGGUGAAGACAGAUGAUAGAAUAAUCAAAAUGGACCUUGGUCUCUUGUUCCUGAAGCUGCAUCGGCUGGAUGCAGGAAUCUAUUUCUGUCAGACAGUGGAACACAGCAUUGUUCACACUGUCAGGAAAAUCACUCUGGAAAUAGUCGAGGAAGAACGUGUAGAUGAAAUGUUCAAUAAAGACUAUGAGGAAGAGAUACCUCACAAAAUGCCAUGCCCAAUGCAGAGCAGUAUACCUCAGGCAUCAAAACCAUGGUACAAGGAAUUCCUUCAACUAAUAGGUUACAGCAACUUCCAAAGGGUGGAAGAAUACUGUGAAAAAGUGUGGUGCACAGAUAAGAAGAGAAAAAAGCUGAAAAUGUCUCCAUCAAAGUGGAAAUAUGCCAACCCUCAGGAGAAGAAGGCAAGAAUCAGGCCAGAGCACUACCGGUUGCCCAGGAACAUAGCUGACUCUUGA